AUGCAUGCGGUGCUGCACGUCGACGUGGCCGGCCGCGCCCUGGCCGUGGUGGAGCGCGACGGCGCGCACGACCCGGCCACGGGGCGCGCGCUCACCGGCUCCUGGCUCUGGGACUCCGCCGUCGUCCUCGCCACCCACCUUGCCUCGGCCAGACCCGGGACGAUCCACGGCGCCACCGUUCUCGAGCUCGGCGCCGGCACCGGCCUCCCGGGCAUCGCGGCCGUCGCGUGCCUCGGCGCCGCGCGCUGCGUGCUCACGGACGUGGGGCCGCUCCUGCCGGGCCUCAGGGCCAACGCCGAGGCCAACGGUCUCACGACCGCGCAGGCGGACGUGCGAGAGCUGCGCUGGGGCGAGGACGCCGACCUGCCCGAUUGCGAGCUCCUGCGCGUGGACGUGGUGCUCAUGUCCGACGUGUUCUAUGAUCCGGAGGAGAUGCCGGCGAUGGCAGCCACGUUGCGCAGGUUGUGGCGGGACGGCACGGUGGGGUGGGCGGCCAGCGAGGUGCGGUGUGGCGUGCAGGAUUGCGUGGACGUGCUGCGGGAGCACGGCUUCGAUGUGGCCGAGGUCGACAGGGUCACCAGGCCGCUGCUGCGCGACCCCACACAGGCCUCCGACUUCGCCGUCUACCGCGUCGAACUCUGCAGACCUAUGACAAUCAGCCAUCAAGCUGGUCACUAG